CCUCAUGGGGUCCCCUUCCCGCUCACGAUCCCCCCCCAACCGCUCCCGGAGCCGCUCGCCGGCGAAGGACUCCCCAACGCGCGGCGGCGGCGGCUCCCCCCCGCCCGCGCGCGACCGCUCCCGCAGCCGCAGCCGCAGCCGCGGACGAUCGCGCUCGCGCUCGCGAUCUCCGCCCCGCGGCGGCGAUCGCUCCCGCUCGCCGCCUCGCGGCGGAUCCGGCGCGCGCAAGUCGGGAAUCGCGGGGCGAUGGAACGAUCGCGGCUUCGGCUUCAUCACGCCGGACGGCGGCGGCGAGGACGUCUUCUGCCAUUUCUCCGCCAUCAAGGACGGCAACAUGCUCAGCGAGGGCAGCCGCGUCGAUUACGACGAAUCGUUCGACGAUCGCAAGGGGAAGCCCCGCGCGGAAAACGUCACGGGCGGGAUCCAAGGGAACGACCGCGGGCCGCCGCGCGAGGCGGGCAUCUGCCGCGAUUUCCAGCGCGGGAACUGCACGCGCGGGCCCGGAUGCCGCUUCAGCCACGGGUGCGUGAUCGCGCGAGAUCGAGCGAGCGAGCGAUCGACCGCCGCAAUUCAUUCCCGAUCAUUGUCGCAUCUUGAAUUCUUCUCGAAUCGAAUGAAUUUUCCUCCUCGACCCGCCGUCGCGAUCGAUCGACUGACGCCUCCUCCUCCACCUCCUCUCGCUCCUCUUCUCGGUUUCAGCGAUGACCGCGGCGGCGGCGGCGGGUACGGCGGCGGCGGGUACGGCGGCGGCGGCCGCUCCAACGAAUGCUUCGACUUCCAGAAGGGCCGAUGCACCCGCGGCGACUCGUGCCGCUUUUCGCACGGCGGCGGCGGCGGCGGCGGCGGCGGCGGCGGGGGUUACGGCGGCGGCUACGACCGCGACCGAUACGACGACCGCGACCGCGACAGAUACGACGACAGGCGCGGCGGCGAUCGGUACGACUCAUACGAUCGCUACGAUCGAUCGUACGAUAGGGGGUGAGCGCACUUUUUCGGAAUCCCUAGCUGACUCGCUAGACCGACCUCGUCGUCGACGCGGCGAGACGCCGAGUCCGCGCGCUUCCCGUCGCUGACGCGAUCCGCUCCGAUUUGAUUUAAUCACCCAGGGGCUACGACGACCGCCGCGGUCCCGAUCGCGGCAGGGACUACGACGACCGCGACAGACGCGGGCCGUAUUGAUGAUCGACCCGCCCGCGGAGCGAACAACGUGAUGACGUGCGUGUGAAGAGAACGGCUGACGGAGGAGGUCGAUACGAGCGGAGGAAGCAACUGCGCGCCCCCGCGCGACGCCAAGUGCGCGCGCGGAGGCUAUUCAAUAAAUAAAAUGGAGCUACGACCCGCCGCACUACACGUACACACGACGGACGCGCCGCGCACGACGACUGUCUAGCCGAGAGACUCCUUCCCCCGACUCCGCCCGCGUCGGCGGCUUCGCGCCAUCCACACGUUUUGCCACGUCAUCGACCCGUCAUCUCCACGUCACCGCUACU